UGGAACAUUGAAAAAGAUUUAACUAGCUAGUAUGAUUUUUCUUUUCCUCUUUUCAUUAACUUGUGUGUCAGCAGCACUACUUCCUGAAUGCCCAAAAUGUGGAAUCAUGGAUGUGCCAUAUCCACUUAGUAGCAGUGACAAAUGUGGAAAUACAAACUACAAAAUUCACUGCAAAAAUAACAGCUUAGAGUUUUUGUCUGCUGAAGGAGUUUACUACAAAAUCCUCAGCAUAAACCCAAACACAUCUCGACUUAUUAUCGCUUCUCCUUUCGUGCACGAAGAUACAAAUAAUUAUUGCCAUUCUUCUGAUCUUUCUGUAGGUGGCUUAAAGAUAGAUGAAAACUCUCCGUUCAAUAUAUCUUCGCGGAACACUGUUAUGUUAUUUAACUGCUCACAGAGAAUUCUUUUAUCCCCAUUGAACUGCUCUUUAAACAAUCCUUGCAGGAAAUUUGAACAAGCUAAGGGUUGUAGAGAUACACUAUGUUGCAGUUACCUGAAGGUGAAAUCCAAGACUUCUCAUCAAAUUAGGGUUCGGGUUGGUGGCUGCACUGCUUAUACAUCUGUGGUGGAUAUGAAGCCAGGAGAUUCCUUGAAUGCAUGGCGUUACGGCAUUGAGCUCCAAUGGCUACCACCCAAAUAAGAAUUAUGGUUAACUAUUUUAUAUAUAUCGGAGAAGAGGAUUCAACCGAAUUCAUUGCUUUCUCUAAAUCUUGAAUUCGCGCUAUUAGUACAAUGAGUUGAAACACGUGCACUUCUUUGUGUUUUCAUAGUUUUACUCGUCAUAUGUGUAUUACGAUACCUUCUUGGCUACAUGAAAAAGGUACUUCCAAUAUUGAAGAGUGGCAAUAUCAUUUAAAGGAAAAAGCACUUUUCGAUGUUUUGUUGGUGAAUAAAAAAUGUUAAGGAAAGCAUGAAGCAGAAAGAAAAAACGACAAGGCUCUGCUUCACGCUUUAAGCGAAGCGCUCACUUCAUUGAGGUGAAGCGCAACUUUGUAAAAAAGAUCAAAAUAAAUAGAGAACAUAUAUAUAUAUAAGCAAAAGUUCAAACUAAAGUAGAUAUCCUCCUUAGUCCAUAGGGCAAACAAAUUCAAAGUCAUUAAUGGUUCAACAACUAAUUCUAUUCUUCUACAAGAUUGUCAAAAUCUUGUAUUCCUUCAUCAUCAUUAUAUUGCUCAUCAUCUUCUUCAACUUCAUCAACUAGGGAAUGACUUGUGGCUACUUCUUUUCCGCUCCUAUGUUGGCUUGAAGUAUUCCCCCUCAACUCCCAUUGUCUGGCCAACAACACCGAAAGUGAAAUCGGAAUCUCCCUAAAAAAAUUCUUCAUCUUCAGCGUUCCCAACACUAGUUAGCCAUUCAUAGGCAUCAUCAAUAUCGUCCAAAGCAAUUGGAUCAAUUACAUUGCAAGCACUGUAACGACGCCUCAAUGUUCAUUGUAUUUUAUGAACACUAGGUCAUUGAGGCGCUUUAGGGUUAGUCUAUUCCUCUUCUUGCUAUG